AUGGUUAGUGCACACGUCAUCGUUGCCUUUGAAAAACUUAAACAGCCUCUUCCUGUAUUUGAGUUACGCUGGGUAGGUUCCAGCUUGCGGCUACAUGGUAGUGUUAUUUUUUGUAACUAUUAUAUGAUCUCGUGUUUUUCUUUCAUCAAUGCGGUUUUUGAUUGUCCCACGUAGAACAUACUGCGUAAGUUUAUCGGCAAUAUCAUCCAAUUCUCAGAUUUCCCAUUUCGCUCGUAUCGGCCAAAUUAAUAGAGCUCGAAAGAUAUUUGAUGAAUUGCCUUAUAAAACCAUCAUUUCUUGGAAUGCCAUUGUUGCCGGUUACUUCCAAAACAAGCAGCCCCGUGAAGCCCAUGAUCUGUUUAAUAAAAUGCCUGAUAGAAACACGGUUUCUUGGAAUGGGUUGAUUUCUGGGUAUGUUAAGAAUGGGAUGAUUAAUGAAGCAAGAGAAGUGUUUGAUAAAAUGCCCGAGAGAAAUGUUGUUUCAUGGACAGCUAUGGUUAGGGGGUAUAUCCAAGAGGGAAUGAUAAAGCAAGCAGAAUCACUUUUUUGGGAAAUGCCUGAGAAGAAUGUUGUUUCUUGGACUGUGAUGUUAGGUGGAUUGAUUGAAGAUGGACGUGUUAAUGAAGCAAUAAAGCUUUAUGAUUUGAUGCCGCUGAAGGAUGUUGUUGCUAGGACUAAUAUGAUUGGCGGGUUGUGUAUGGAAGGAAGAUUAAGUGAAGCAAGAGAAAUUUUUGAUGAGAUGCCAAAAAGGAAUGUGGUUGCUUGGACUACUAUGAUUAGUGGGUAUGCAAUGAAUAACAAGGUGGAUGUAGCUAGGAAGUUGUUUGAAGUAAUGCCGGAUAAGAAUGAGGUGACUUGGACAGCAAUGUUGAUGGGUUAUACGCGGAGUGGGAGGAUCAAGGAAGCUGCUGAACUUUUUGAGGCAAUGCCUAUGAAGCCGGUUCCUGCAUGCAAUGAGAUGAUUAUAGGUUUUGGACAGAGUGGAGAGGUGGGGAAAGCAAAGUGGACAUUUGAUCAGAUGAGGGAGAAGGAUGAUGGUACAUGGAGUGCAAUGAUAAAGGUAUAUGAGAGAAAAGGGUUGGAAUUGGAAGCACUUGAUUUGUUUAGAUUGAUGCAGAGAGAGGGAGUUAGGCCGAAUUUUCCAUCUAUAAUAAGCAUUCUUUCAGUUUGUGGUAGCUUGGCAAGCCUGGAUUAUGGUAGACAGGUCCAUACACAGUUGGUGAGAUCCCAGUUUGAUUUUGAUGUAUAUGUUUCCUCAGUUUUGAUUACAAUGUAUAUUAAGUGUGGCGAUCUUGUGAAGGCUAAGAGGGUGUUUGAUAGGUUUUCCAUGAAGGAUACUGUUAUGUGGAAUUCAAUUAUUACAGGUUAUGCACAGCAUGGCUUAGGAGAGGAAGCUUUGGAAGUUUUCUUUGAGAUGCUCUCUUCUGGCAUUUCACCUGAUGAGAUUACCUUUAUUGGAGUUUUAACAGCGUGUAGUUACAGUGGGAAGGUCAAAGAAGGCCUUGAGAUUUUUGAAUCAAUGCAAUCCAGAUAUCUUGUAGAUCAGAGAACUGAGCAUUAUGCUUGCAUGGUUGAUCUUCUUGGCCGUGCAGGAAGGUUAAAUGAGGCAAUGAGUUUAAUUGAAAAGAUGCCAGUGGAAGCUGAUGCUAUUGUUUGGGGAGCUUUAUUAGGUGGGUGUAGAACACACAUGAAAUUGGAUUUGGCUGAAGUUGCGGCAAGGAAACUUCUAGAGCUUGAGCCAGAAAAUGCUGGGCCUCAUAUCUUGCUAUCAAAUAUUUAUGCAUCCCAAGGUAGAUGGGGAGAUGUUGCAGAGUUGAGAAAAUCCAUGAGAGCAAAUAAAGUUAGCAAAUCACCUGGUUGUAGUUGGAUUGAAGUAGAGAAAAAAGUAUAUAUGUUCACUGGUGGAGAUAGCAGGGGUCAUCCUGAGCAUUCAAUGAUACUGGGAAUGCUGGAGAAAUUAGGUGGAUUAUUAAGAGAAACUGGAUAUUGUCCUGAUGGUAGCUUUGUGCUGCAUGAUGUGGAUGAGGAAGAAAAGGUUCAGAGCUUACGAUAUCACAGUGAGAAAUUGGCUGUGGCUUAUGGACUUCUGAAGGUCCCAGAAGGGAUGCCCAUUCGUGUCAUGAAAAACCUACGGGUUUGUGGGGAUUGCCAUUCUGCAAUUAAAUUAAUAGCUAAAGUGACUGGUAGAGAGAUUAUUCUGAGGGAUGCUAAUAGAUUCCAUCAUUUCAAGGAUGGUUCAUGUUCUUGCCGAGACUACUGGUGAUAGUUUGUGCCUUAGUAUAUAGCGGAGGUAAAAGAUAAAUUCUGGUCCAAAGAUUGAUGAGGUGCCACAAUAAUGGAUUCAGAUAAUAUUCUUUGGAUCAAAUGAAUGUGGAUGAGUAAGAACAUUUGAUUGGAGGUCCGCAAAAUCAUAGAUCAAUCUGUGGAAGGCAGUUCAUACUUCAUAUAUACAGUCGACAGUGUUUUGGUAACCACCCUCCAAUUAGCAAUAUUGGCCUCUCAUAUAAUCUAGCACCGUAGAAAGCAACCCCCCUGCAAAUUAAUUGUUCGGAUGCCUAAAAAGCGAAAGUUUGGCAAUCAUUGGCUGGAGGAUGGCAUGUUACAUAACUCACAGAGUCAGGAACCUCCAACCUUCUCUGCAUCUAACCCACUUUUCUGCAACAACAUUGGUAAUUAAGAAAGGUUUGUAAUUGGCUUUGCUCAGGGAUACUCUUAUCCAAUCAGGCAAUGCAAAUUCCAAGGCUUUUCUGGGGCACAAUGUGGAUCUUUUUGUUAUGGAUUCGGAAUCUAUUGGCAUAUCUGUAGGAAAUAACGAGCUAAUUUAUCAUGUUUGAUAUCAUUGUUGAGAUAAUUUACAAUUAGAGUUAAGUCCUGUUGAGUGGUAGGUUUGGCUUCUUUAGAUGGGUUCGCAUUCAAAGGAACGGAGGUUCAUCACCCAGUACAGGUAUUGCAUUCUUUGUUCCAUUUCCAACUUGUAUUUGGUCGACUGGCAUCAUCGAAUAUAGUUUGCUGGGUAAAUUGCCACAAUGGCCCUCAACUUUGCUGAUUGUUUCAAAAUGGUUCUGUUAUUUAAUUUUAUUUUUUUAUCCUUUUCAGUCA